AUGGUACGAAUAAAACUUACCAGUCCAAUCCAGAGACCUUUGCCAAGAAUUCUGGCUGCUGCAAUCAAUAAAACGGAAGAGAAACAGCCAAGAACAGCAGCCCUGGCUCUGCGCUACCCUGUGGCCAUGGGCCUCAAUAAGGGCCAAAAGAUGACCAGGAACGUGAGCAAGCCCAGGAACAGCCUCCGCCGCGGGCGUCUGACCAAACACACCAAGUUUGUGCAGGGCAUGAUCCGGGAGUUAUGUGGCUUCGCCCCGUACGAGCAGCAUGCCAAGGAGUUACUGAAGGUCUCCAAGGACAAAUGGGCCCUCAAGUUCAUCAAGAAAAGGAUGGGGGCGCACAUCCGCACCAAGAGGAAGCGAGAGGAGCUGAGCAACGUCCUGGCUGCCAUGAGGAAAGCCGCUGCCAAGAAAGACGGAGCCCCCUUCCCCGCCCUCUCCCUGAAAUAAAGAACAGCUUGACAGGAAAAAUAAAAUUAAAUUAAAUAAAAAAAUAUAUAUAUAUAUACACACAC